AUGGGGGUAGUUGAAAAACAAUCCAUUUUAUGUAAUCAGUCUCAUGUUAAAGAUUGUUAUUUAAAUAAUAAAUGCGUUACCGCUUUGGAGAAAACUUGGCACACGGAACAUUUCUUCUGUGCCCAGUGCGGCAAGCAAUUCGGCGAGGAAGGUUUUCACGAACGUGACGGAAAGCCAUAUUGUCGGGAAGAUUUCUUCGACAUGUUUGCACCAAAAUGCGGUGGUUGCAAUCGUGCUAUCAUAGAAAAUUAUAUUUCCGCUUUGAACAGUCAAUGGCAUCCGGAUUGUUUCGUUUGCAGAGAUUGCAAGAAUCCGGUUUCCGGGAAAUCUUUCUACGCAAUGGAAGGAAAACCAGUCUGUCCAAAAUGUGUUGGAGUUGAUGAGGAAGAAGAUGAGGAGGAAGAGACGGCCUAAAUAAAAAAAAAAAUAACAACAACAAACAACAAAAAGAAAUGAUUUUUCGAUGUUCUCACUUCACAGUCGUUGAUUAUUACUAUUCUAUUUUCUUAUAGAA